AGUGAUCGAAGUGUAGCGUGCGUGAGGUUCCAUUUGACCAAUCCCGUCGGUUAGACUUUGUACUUCGUUCGAAACGCACGUGCGGUAGAGAAAAGCGGCUCGGUAUAGCGCGGAGCCGAGUAGUGUGCCGCCCCGUGAAAAAGUUGGUCGUCGAUCGUGCCGUGCUCUCUUUCUCUCUCUCUCACUCUUUUUUUCUCUUUUUCUCUCUCUCUCUUUUUCGAAAUUUAUCAGAAAGAAAAAAAGUUCGUGGCGCGAUCCCGGUACCGUGAUUUUCGUGAGAAAAUAAUCAUUCGUAUCACGUUGAAAAAAAUCGCUUGAACUAAAGCAACUCGAGGGAAUUUGUCGACGAGGAAUGGCACUGGGCGCUCAGAUCAAGGCAUCCGGGGAAAACGGGAGCGUGAAAAUACCCUUGCUGAACGGCACCGAGGAUCGAAACGCGACCGAAGUUAAGCAGAACGGCGAAGAAAGCGGUAGCACGAGUACGAUCGCAGAAAAUGUUGUAGAAAAGGGCGAGGUUGAAGCUACAAAGGAAGGGGAGAAGGAAAAAGAUAAAAAGGAUGAAAAGCUUGAUAAGGAACAAGACAAGGAUAAAGAGAAAGAUGCGGUCAACGAGCAAGAAGUUGUUUAUAUCCAAGAUAUGGGAUUUACUGUUAAAAUCGUUAGCCCUGGCGCCGAGCCAUUCGAUAUUCAGGUUUCCAGCAUGGAAUUGGUACAGGAAAUUCACCAACUACUUAUGGAUCGCGAGGACACUUGCCAUCGUACCUGUUUCUCCCUUCAACUCGACGGAAAUACACUGGAUAACUUUGCCGAGUUGAAAAAUAUCGAGGGCCUAAAAGAAGGUUCUGUUAUUAGGGUCGUCGAAGAACCCUACACAAUGCGGGAAGCUCGUAUACACGUGCGACACGUUCGAGACUUAUUGAAAUCCGUAGAUCCUACAGACGCUUAUAACGGCGUUGAAUGUAGUAGUUUAUCGUUCCUAAAUGUUGUUACCAAUGGCGAUAUUCUAGAGAAAAAGAAAACACGAGCGGAUUCGGUUGAUUGCACUCCGCCGGAUUACAUUAUACCUGGUUGUAAAGAUAGGCCUUUAUUACCUUUGCAACCUCAAGCUAAAGAACAAAAAUGUCCGCCGUGUCUAAAAGUGUUAACAACGUCCGGGUGGAAUCCACCACCAGGUCAUAGAAAACUACAUGGUGAUCUCUUAUACUUACAUGUUAUAACUCUGGAAGAUAAGCAGUAUUAUUUAACGGCCUGCGCUAGGGGUUUCUUUGUUAAUCAAUCAACAAAGGAGAUAUUUAAUCCAAAACCAGCAACGCCGAGUCAUCUGUGCCAUAGCUUGAUCGAGUUGUUGAACCAAUUGAGUCCAGCUUUCAAGAGAGGCUUCGCUGCCAUGCAGAGACGGAGAACGCAAAGACAUCCUUUCGAAAGAGUUGCGACACCCUAUCAACUGUAUGCAUGGAGUGCUCCACAAACCGAACAUACUAUUGACGCUAUACGUGCUGAAGACACUUUCUCAUCAAAAUUAGGCUACGAAGAACAUAUCCCAGGACAAACACGAGAUUGGAACGAAGAAUUGCAAACUACCAGGGAAUUACCUCGCAAAAAUUUACCCGAGAGAUUAUUAAGAGAACGUGCUAUUUUCAAGGUUCACAGUGAUUUUGUCGCUGCAGCGACUCGAGGAGCGGUCGCCGUAAUUGAUGGCAAUGUCAUGGCCAUAAAUCCGGGCGAGGAAGCAAAGAUGCAAAUGUUUAUUUGGAACAAUAUUUUUUUCUCUUUAGGCUUUGAUGUACGAGAUCAUUACAAGGAACUCGGUGGUGAUGCUGCCGCUUUCGUUGCUCCUCGUAAUGAUUUGCAAGGCGUUAGAGUUUAUGCUGCUGUUGAUUUACUUGGACUCUAUACUCUUGGCACAGUUGUUAUUGAUUAUAGAGGUUACCGUGUUACUGCUCAAUCUAUUAUCCCAGGAAUCUUAGAACGUGAACAAGAACAAUCUGUUAUAUAUGGUUCUAUAGAUUUUGGGAAAAACGUUCUUACACAUCCGAAAUAUAUUGAAUUGUUAAACAAAGCUGGACAACAAUUAAAAAUAUUGCCUCAUAAAGUAAUUAACGAUGCUGGAGAGGAAGUUGAACUUUGUAGUAGUGUGGAAUGUAAGGGUAUCAUUGGAAAUGAUUCUCGACAUUAUGUUUUAGAUUUACUCAGAACUUUUCCGCCCGAUGUUAAUUUCUUAAAAUUGGAAGGCGUUGAAUUAAGUAAAGAAGCAAGGGCGUUAGGUUUUCCUAUUGAACAUAAACACAAAUUGGCUUGUCUUCGUCAAGAAUUAAUCGAUUCUUUCGUGGAAGCUAGAUAUGUUCAAUUUAUCAAGCAUGCUGCUGUUCAUCUUCAACAACUUACGUCCGCUCGAAAGUCACAGAAAGAAAAAGAAUCAUCGUCAAAGGAAAAUAAAAAAGAAGAAGCAAAUGCCGUGGCAGUUGACAGUAACAAAGAAGUUUCAGCACAGUCUUUAAUCGAGGCUGAUGAAGCUAAAAAAAUUGUUGAGAGUAUUACUGAUUCUAUAACAGGAGGUGAAAAGCAAGAAUUGGAAGAAAGUACUAAAGAAAUAGUUCGUAGAGCUGCAGCAGCUGUUGGAAGUUUACGAGAUGCGGAAUUUGAUGUAAGAUUUAAUCCGGAUGUUUUCUCGCCUGGAGUUCGUCAUCCAGAUCCAAAUGACGUUGCAUUGAAGAAACAAAAACAAUUGGUCAAAGAUGCUGCAGAUUUUCUAUUGACCGUACAACUCCCAACUUUUAUUCGAGAAUGUUUAGAUCAUACGGCCGCUGCCAUGGAUGGUAGCACGUUGAUAGAAGCUUUACAUGGUAGAGGUAUUAACGUUCGUUAUCUUGGAAAACUAGCGGUCAUGUUAGCUGCAGUACCCCAGUUACGAUAUCUCAAUCGUAUUGCCGUUUCAGAACUUAUUUUACGUUCAGCAAAACAUAUUUUUACGUCUUAUAUGCAGGGUACAGAAUUAAUGAGUCUCUCAGCAGCUAUCAGUCAUUUCUUAAAUUGUUUGUUAUCUUCAGCACAAAUCAUACAUCCUCAACAAAAUCUUGAAGAAGUACGUUACUGUAAAACAUUUUAUACGACGUAUAAAAAAAAAAAAGUAAUAUUUGUUCCGACGAUAAUUAUUGUUUAUUUUCAGUUGCAAAGUAAAACAGCAAAAAGACGUAAUAAAAGAAAGGGUAGAAAUAAUGGACCACAACAAUCGGAAGUUGAAUGGGCAUCCUUGACACCAAAAUCACUUUGGCAACAAAUUAAAGCAGAUCUGAAAAGUUAUUAUGAUUGGGAGACACCAACACCUGAAUCAUUGGAUGCUACGAUCGAACAUUUUCAUCUGCAAAAGAUUUCCUUGCUUCGUGGUUUUUGCAUAAAAACGGGUAUUCAGAUAUUACUUCGUGAAUAUAAUUUUGAAAAUAGAAAUAGAGCCACGUUCUUUGAGGAAGACAUCUUAAAUAUUUUCCCUGUUGUUAAACAUAUCAACCCUAGAGCUAGUGAUGCUUAUAACUUUUAUACAACUGGACAGAGCAAAAUUCAACAAGGUUAUUUGAAGGAUGGAUAUGAAUUAAUAAGCGAAGCAUUGAAUUUAUUGAACAAUGUUUAUGGAGCCAUGCAUCCUGAAAUUGCACAAUGUCUUAGAAUGCUUGCAAGGUUGAAUUAUAUAAUGGGAGAUCAUGGAGAAGCAUUAGCAACCCAACAAAAAGCUGUACUCAUGUCAGAAAGAGUGAAUGGUAUAGAUCAUCCAUAUACUAUCACAGAAUAUAUUCAUCUCGCAUUGUAUUCUUUUGCAAAUGGUCAAGUUUCCGUAUCGUUACGAUUAUUAUACAGAGCACGUUAUCUCGCAUUGUUAGUUUGUGGUGAAGAUCAUCCGGAAGUAGCUCUUCUUGAUAGUAAUAUUUCUUUAAUAUUACAUGCCGUUGGAGAGUAUGAAUUAUCACUUAGAUUUUUGGAACAUGCUCUGGAUUUAAAUCUUCGUUAUCAUGGUCCGCGUUCUUUGAAAGUAGCAGUAUCCUAUCAUCUUGUUGCAAGGACCCAAUCAUGUAUGGGUGAUUUCCGUGCAGCCUUAAACAAUGAAAAGGAAACUUACGCGAUUUAUAAACAACAAUUGGGCGAAGAUCAUGAAAAAACAAAAGAAAGUAGUGACUGUCUGAGACAUCUUACGCAACAAGCUGUAGUAUUACAAAAGAAGAUGAAUGAAAUUUACACGGGAAAGUCAGGAGUUACAUUGCCGCCUAUUCAAGUGCAACCACCUAGUAUGGGUUCGGUUCUUGACAUGUUAAAUGUGAUAAAUGGUAUUCUUUUUGUACAAAUCAGUCAGCAGGAUAUUGAAAAUUUCAAAGCGGAAAUUGAAAAGCGACAGAAAGAACAAUCGCCGGAUAACGAAAGCAAAGCGAUCGAAACUACUGAAAGCAAAAAGAACGAGAAGGAAAAUCGAAAAAUUGAACAAAAGUCAGAAGGGAAAAAGCUAGAAGAGACUAAAGCAACAUUAGAACCGGUCAUGGCAGAAAGCUGAACUUUUUGUAUGCGUACAGAUAUAGAAAGAGUUAGUAGUAUCAUUUUCAAAUCCUAGUCUCUCUCAUCAUGCCCGCGUUUGUCCUUUCGAAAGGUAACGCUUAUACGAACACAUAUACGAUUGGAAUAAAAUCGGAGUGGGGCAGUGUCUUUGUAAUAGGAUUGUCAAAUAGUGCAUUAUAUUUGUUUAUAGUGCUAUAAUGUUGGAACUUUUGCAGUGCAGUGUUUCAAAGUCGUAAUCAAUAUGUGGGAAGGAGCGCAUUUGCAAAAAAAAAAGAAAGAAAAAAAAGAAAAAGAAAAAAAAAAGAAAAAGGAAAAAAAAAAAGAAAAAAAAAAACACGUACUUUCAUCAGAUCUGUGACGUUCGCUCUUUAAAAUGUUGCGGAUUUUACUUGGCCCUUCUAUAUCAUAAUCAGAUACAAUAAACAAAUUCAAUUGUUGUUCAAUGUAAAUAACGUUCAAAGAGAUCUUAUCUCUUACAAGGAGAAAAUUUACCAGCGUGGUAAAUUCACUUGACCAGAUACAAAAGAAGGUCUACGUGUAAUUGAAAAAAUUCAUUAAAAUCGAAGAACAAGAA